AUGCCUUCUUCGGCGCCAGCGCGUUCAGAAGGUGUGUCGCCGCCCGUGGCCACAGCGAGACCAGUGGAGGCAGAAGGGCCGAAGGUGACGUGUGCCAUGCCCAAUGGUGACCAGUUCAGUGAUGCAUCCUUGCGCUCCAAGUCGAAGCUCCGCGUGGUGGACGUGUCGCAGCUGCGCGAGACCGACCACGCUGCGGUGGCCACGCUGCGGAGGGCGUGUGAAGAGACCGGUUUCUUCUUGGUCACGCGCCAUGGCGUGCCGCACGACCUCCUCGACCGGAUCUUUGCAGUCUCCAAGAAGUUCUUUGACCUGCCUGAUCAAGAGAAGCUCAAGCACACCAGCUCCGAGAAGACGGGCUGGCGAGGCUUUAACCCCUACGGCAGCGGGCAAAACUGUUCUUUGGCAUCGCCACGUCCCGAAGUGAAAGAGACCUUCUACUGUGGAGAGCCUCCUUCAGCAGCGGAGGGCAUCGAGGAGCCGGUGGAGGGCUUUUACCAGGAACUCCGUGAAUAUCACUCAGCACUCUUGGAGCUGUCACGGGUGCUUCUCAGGGGCUUGUCCUUGGCUCUUGAGCUGCCAGCGGAGCAUUUGGAGAACGUGGCCUUCCAACAGCCAGUGGCCAAGGUGCUGCUGGCCCGCUAUCCACCGACAGAGAAAGGUGAUUUGUCGUGUGGCUCCCACACCGACUGCGGCUUCCUAACGCUGGUUUGUCAAGACUCUUCGGAGGCGCAGGGGCUCCAGGUGCAGCGCGCCGACGGCUCUUGGCUCUCCGUGAAGACGGACCGGUACACUUUUGUGGGGAAUCUGGGUGACUUGGCUCAGCGCUGGACCAAUGAUGUCUUCUAA